AUGCCAGCCCACACACAGAAAAGCAAAGAGGCUUUUGUCAAGAAGGAACAACCGACCACUGCGUAUCUAUCCAUCACGGUAGAACCUUGUCCUGAGCCCUCAAUUCCCACAUUUGACAAGAGUGUCGAAUCCUGCGUCGUCUCAAAGAUAACGUUACUGCUAGCUCUGCUACUGCUAGUAGGGAUAACCAUCUCUUUGACUUCAUUCGAGACUUCGUUCGAGACUUCAUUAAGCUCGAUUGAAAUUUUUAAUGAGCAAGAACCUGAUGACGCCCACGAUUUCGAAAAACGUGAGGUGGAAAAUUGUGUGCCAUAUGACAUUUACUCAACAAUCGUUGGAUCUCAAGCCUUUGUACAAUGGUCAACACGACGUACGUAUAUUCCUCAAGUAAAUCUUCAAAAGGCUGACGAUGCCAGCCCAGCACUCGCGAAUCCGUGGCGUUCAUGCCAUGACGUGGUCAAUGAUGUUGAAGUUCGCUACCGUCGACUUGGUGCAAACUUUACAAUGCUCGCUUCAAAGGAGCCUUUCAUGAGGAAGGUUGCAACCUCAAAUGCUACAAGCGAAGCCACGUUUAGUUCGCACUCUGCUUGGAUCGAUCUCGAUUCAAACGAGUCGUCUUACGAGUUCACUGUCGGCUCAAUUCUCCACGGCUGGUCGGCAAUUCACCGACUUGGUGUCAACAUCCCGUACCGAGGAGAUGAAGCAGAGCAUUGCCGUCCAAAACAUGUCCACACGGCGUAUGGACACACACCAGACAGUUUUUCCGUGCAGUGGAUGACCAAGCAGUUUUGUGCAAAGGGAGUCGCUCAGUUGAGGCUAGUGGAAGGGUAUCAUGCUCAUAUUGACAUCGACAUCAUCAAGACGACACCUGUGAUGGCUUAUGCAAACACGACGCUGUUUGAGGAUGAUGGUAAAGCUCAGUCCAAGCGCUGGAUGCAUGUUGUAAGACUUGAAGGCUUAAAGCCUGAUACUAGAUACACUUACGUCGUAGGAAAUACGCACUACUCGUCCUGGUCGAUUCCGUUUGUGACUAAAACGGCACCCGCCCGGUCGAUCGUUGGAGACCAGCCCAAGCCGAUGCGAUUUCUCGUAACUGGGGACAUCGGUUACCAAAACGCAGCUACAUUACCGAUGAUGCAAUCUGAAGUCGCAGAAGGCAGCGUGGAUGGCGUGGUGUCUGUCGGAGAUUAUGCGUACGAUCUGGAUCUGAUCGACGGCCACGUAGGAGAUAUCUUCAUGCAGCAGAUUGAACCAAUGGCUGCCAGUGUACCUUUCAUGGUUUGUCCUGGAAAUCAUGAGCAUCACAACACCUUUAGCCACUACUCUGAACGCUUUCGACUCAUGCCAAGUAACAAAUACGAAGGGGUCGAAACAGUGCAUGUCGGUGGCCAUUCAAAAAACGUCGAGCCCCAAAAGGUGCCUAACAAUUGGUUUUACUCUUACGACGUGGGACUUGUGCACUUUACUGUCAUCUCAACAGAAAUUUAUUUCAAAAAGACGUUUGAGGUCGACGGUGACGUGAUUGCACGUCAGGAAGCGUGGAUAGAGCAAGAUCUUGCCAAGGCUAAUGCAAACCGGGAGCAGACUCCGUGGCUUAUUGUCAUUGGACAUCGUCCGAUGUAUUGCACGUCUGAUAGCACUAAUUGCGGCGAGAAGGCGGCAAUGCUUCGUAACAGACUCGAAGACAAGUUUCAUAAGUAUGGCGUUGAUCUUUAUCUAUGUGGCCACCAGCACAAUUAUGAGCGAGCAUUUGACGUGUACAAGUCAAAGACGUGGAAGCGGACGCGCAAUAUGCGUGCUACGACGCACAUUCUUUCAGGAGCAUCGGGUCAGUACCUUACGACGAUCAUGCGCAAAUCUUUUGAACGACCGACAGAGACCUGGGAUGCCUUUCGAAAUAACAUCUUUGGUUACUCGCGCAUGGAAGUUGUGAAUGCCACGCAUUUAAACUGGCAGCAGGUUGAAGCUGACCCAGAGAACCCAGCUGCACGUGGGCUAUAUGGAAAAAUCAUUGAUGAUGUCUGGCUUGUACAAGAGCGACACGGUAGCUUUGAUGUUGUGUCGGAAUAA